CCCAAGAAGACUCAAGGUUGUAACUGCUGCCGAAGGUGCUGCAACAAAGUACUAAGUAAAGUGUCUAAAUACGUAUAAAUGUGUUUCAGUUUAUAAGUAGACCAGAUCUAGCUGCUAUCACGUUGGUGUCUACUGAAGGGUUGGUUGUUUAACAAAACCGAAGUGUGCUCAACUAUGGGGCAAAACAGACUGGGCUGGCUUCGAUGGUUUCCAACAUGUAAACUAUAUUUCUCCAAUGUUUAUUGAAAACAUAAAUACAUUUGCACAAUGAGAACAUCUUUCAUACAUUGUUAGUUAGCUAGCGAUUUUAGCCAUAUUAGCAUUGACAUGAAAUCAGUCAAACACCCCAAAACAAGACCUGGUAUCAAGAACAAGAUGAAUCUAGCUGAAAUCACUCACAAUUUUCUACGUGGCAGUUUGUCAAUGUUGAUAGUUAUCUGGCCAUCCAGAAUAACAUCAACUCAUGGACUAAUGCCCCAUUGAAGCGUGCGCAUAAUUUGACGUUGUUAGCUAGCCCAUCUAUGGAAUAGCCACCCCGUUAAGCAGACAGCAACUGAUACAUUUUUUUCAAUGGUUAAUGGCCUUAGUGAACUGUCUUCAUUUAUCCACCAUCUUUGGCGCAACGCUUCAGGGGUCCGGAACAUGAUUACAAAUAAUUUGUAGACUGCAAAUUGAACGCAAAAAUCCCAAACAGAUAUUUGACUAAAACAAUCAUUUCAAACCUUGCUUACAUUUGUAUACAAACACAUAUGUCUCUAUUAUGCAUGGUAAUACGUUGGAACAGAUUUCCAAAAUUCUUAUCACUUCGAGCCGAUUUACUGGUUUUUACACUCUUAUGUCCAAUAGAAAACUUGAGGGGCCUAAUAAAAUGUGGCCCGCUAGUUGGGGAACCCUGUUGUAUCGUCUUUGAUGUGGCCGCAUCAUCUGGAAAUAGUUCCUGCAAAUAUGUUGGGAAAUGCAAGUUGUCUGGCAGCUAAAAUGGUGAGGGAACUUCACUCUGUACAAAAUGUGGAUUUAAUAUCUUACCGAGUUUUCACUGGAUUUUGUAGAACCAACUGCAACUGGUCACCGAAUCGGGAACGUUGAAAAAUGUAUUGCGAGGCUUUUCAUUAGCGAACCUCUAACACGGGUGUCAAUCUUGUCCCACGGAGGGCUUAGAGUCUGUGGGUUUUGUUUUUAAGACCUUGACAAUCAGGUGAGGGGAGUUCCUUACUAAUUAGUGACCUUAAUUCCUCAAGUACAAGGGUGGAGCAAAACGCAGCGAACGCUCGGCCUAUGUGGCCAAAUGAGUUUGACACGUACUCUAACGGGUAUGGAGAAUCACAAAUCCCGUUACCAAUUAUGUAGCAAGGCUAUGUUAGGAUACCACCACCUUUCUACGCAACGUUUUGCUUUUACAUCUUGUUGCAAGAUGGAGGCUUUGGCACCGACAAUUGAAGGGGACGGCAUAGUGGCAAAGGUACUUCGGCAGCAGUUGUCUUCAACGGUGUAUAUGCAAACAUGAGGAUGGUCCAUGUCUUGACAUCAGUAGUGGGAUCCAAAUGCGAACUGAAGGUUAAAAAUGGAUUGGUUUAUGACGGAGUGUUUAAAACAUAUGGCCCAGAGUGUGACCUGGUCCUAGAUGCAGCCCACAGGAAGAUCCCUAAGCCCAGCGAGGGCCCACGACAGGAAGACAUUGUGGAAAGCAUCAUCUUCAAGGCUUCUGACGUGGUGGUGGUGCACUUCAGAGACGUGGACCUCAAUUUUGCCAGUAAAAUCUCUACCGACACAGACAACUUCACGGAUACGGCGGUGAGCGGCAGAAUCAACGGGGAGCACAAGGAGAAGGACCUGGAGCCGUGGGAUGGAGGGGAGCAGCAGCAGCACGUUGUCUCAGGCAGCCUGGAGUCCCUGGACACAGACGUGUCUAAUGGAUGGGACCCGAAUGACAUGUUCAAGUACAACGAAGAGCAGUAUGGCAUCAUGUCGACCUACGACAGCAGCCUGUCUACCUACACUGUUGCCCUGGAGCGGGAUAACUCCGAGGAGUUCCUGAAGCGGGAGGCACGGGCAGCCCAGCUGGCGCAGGAGAUCGAGGCCAGUGCCACCUACAAGGCCCGCGUGGCCCUGGAGAACGACGAGCGCACCGAGGAGGAGAAGUACUCAGCCGUGGUGCGCGGAGAGAAGGGAGAGCGGGAGCCACACACACUCAACAGAGAAAACAAGUACAUUCCCCCGGGCCAGAGGAACAGAGAGGGGAUGUCAUGGGGAGUGGGUCGUCAGAACUCCCCCAAGUUGGUCCAGAGCAGCAGCGGACCUCCGCGGCCAGGUCCCCAUGACUACAGCCCCAGCUCUGGAGCCGACCAGCGGGUUGUCAACGGAGGUACCGCCUCGUGGCCAUCUCCCUGCCCAUCUCCCUCCUUGCGUCCUCCUUUUUGCUACCAGUCAGGGCCCUCUCUCCCAACCAGGGUGGCCACACCCACCCGGCCUCCCUCCAGACCUCCCUCGCGGGCUUCCCGGCCCUCGUCUCACCCCUCCACCCACGGCGCUCCAGCUCUCGUCUCCACUAUGCCCAAUAGACGCAUGUCCUCCGAAGGCCCUCCCAGGAUGUCACCGAAGACACAGCGCACCCCACGCACCCACAGAGUUCCCCCUGGGGGUAGAGUACCUCCGGGAGUAGACUUCAUGCCCCACAAUGCUCCAGGAGAGGUGCCUGUGCCCCCGCCAACCCGCAGCAGCUCCGUGGUCAGCGGAGUACACAGGCCUCGCUCCCCUCGGCAGAACAGCAUGGGCGGGGCCACCCCUGGCCCUUCCUCCCUCCCCUUGGCCCAGACUGGGACCACCCCCGUAGAACCUGCUACCACGCAGUCAGCCUCAUCACCCACUGCUGCUAGCCCCGCCCGGGAUAUGGCCGCCACUCCCUCAGCAGAGGCAAAAGAGUCUCGGGUCCAGGAGACGAGACAGAACUCCCCUACGGCCAACAAGGAGAACAUGAAGCCUCUGGAGAGCCCCCCUAGUAUCAGCAGACCCCUCUCUAAAGGACCCCCCUCCGUGGCACCAGACCACAGAAAACAAAUAGACAACUUAAAGAAAUUUAGUGUCGAUUUUAGGUUGCAGUCCAGCUCUAACCCAGAUCCACAGUUUGAGCAGAUGAUGACCAAGCCUUCACCAGAUGCCGCGGGAGAAAAGCCCAAGGAGCUUCCUCUGGACAAGGGUUUGGAGGGGUCUGAGGAGGGCGGGAGCAGUAAGACAGGGAGCAGUAAGACAGGCAGCCCUGGAGCACCAUCCUCCUCUACCCUCUGUCCUGCCACGGAGCAGAAGAGGGGGCCUGACGUGACCUCACAGGGUGUCCAGACAUCUGCACCCACCUUCAGCGGAGGGGCCAAGCCUGAGGACAAAGAAGAAAAGGAGCCAGUCAAAGAUCAAAUCAUGAAGUCGACUCUCAAUCCUAAUGCCCAUGAGUUCAAACCCAGGGUGUUCAAUACUCAGCCCAAGCCGGCCACCACUCCAACCCCCCCGCGGCCCCAGGGCCAGCCCAGCCCCUCCAUCGUGGUGCAGCAGCCCCAACAAGUCUACAGCCAGACGGUCUGCUUCCCCCAGAUGUACCCUCUGACCCCAGUCAGCCCUGGAGUUCAGAAAAGCAUUAUCUGGAAGUCUCCAGCGAUGUACCAUGUCCAGAUGCCUCAUAUGACGGUGAGCCAGUCCAAGCCCUACAGACCAGUAGCCAACAUGCCCCAGCAGAGGUCAGACCAGCACCACCCCCAGGGCACACCCACCAUGAUGCACCCGGCCCAGGCCGCGGGGCAGCCCAUCGUGGCCCAAAGCCCCACCUAUUCAGCCCAGUACUUCACCUGCAGCCCACAGCAGUUUACCAGCCAGCAACUGAUGCAGCAGAUGCCCCACUACCAGUCACAGGCUCAGCAUGUGUUUAGCCCGGUGAUGCAGAGUCAGGCCAGGAUGAUGGCCCCUCCCAACCACGGCCAGCCCGGCCAGCUGGUCUCCUCCUCCACCACCCAGUAUGGCGAGCAGACUCACACCAUGUAUGUGUCACAAGGCCCCAUGCCGCAGCAGUACCAGCACCCCCAACCCUCGGUCACGCCCACAGGCCAGGCCCAGCAGGGCGGGCAGCAUGGGGGAAACCACCCGGCUCCCAGCCCCGUCCAACAGCACCAGGCUGCAGCCGCCCAGGCCCUGCACAUGGGCAACCAGCCCCAGCAGCAGAUGUACCAGGCCCUGGCCCCCACCCCGCCCUCCAUGACCCCGGGGACCAACCCCCAGUCCCCCCAGGGCAGCUUCCCCUCGGCCCAGCAGGCCGUCUACAUCCACCCCCAGCAGAUGCAGCACGGCUACAACCCCUCCCACAUGGCCCACAUGCAGCAGGUGAGCUCCACCUUCAGAAGCCCUUCCCUUCACUCUGAGUACAUACUAUAUGAACAGGCCCAUAUGCAGUCUGGGAUGGUUCCCUCCCACCCUGGCCACCCUCAGAUGAUGCUGAUGGCCACCCAGCAGCCAGGCGGCCACCAGCCCCAACUCCCCCAGAACGCCCUCAACCCCAUCCCGGUGUCCUCCACUACACACUUCUCUUACUUGGCACACCCCCAAGUGCAACAGCACCAUCAGUAGCAGCUGUGGCGGGUGCUACUGAGAACAUUGGACCCCAUAUCCAGGCCUCGCUCUCUUCAAGGGUCUUGACACAGAAGCCACACAGAUCUCUCGUCAUGCUACUACACAUAUGCUUUCCUCUCCCAGUCAUAAAGAAUGUUCAACAGGUUGUUGCAUUGGAGAGGUUUUAUGGAUUAAGAGUUUGAUUAAUAACAGAACGGAUCCCGCGGUCUUCCCCACACACACCUUUUAAGAAACCUGCAGAGGGUCCCUAAUAAAACUUGAUUCAGCUUGCCAAUUAAGAAUUGCGAGAAAGAUAUAAUUAUCUGCACCUUGAUAUGAAAAUUCUUGCAACUUGGACAUCAUUAAUGUUACUGUUUAACAGCUGCUGCAUUCAAGACUUCAGAACAGGUUUUAACCAAACUAAAACAAAUUAAAAUCUUCCUGUAAUUAAUAACAAGUUCGGCCUGAAGGACAAACAUUAUUUAUUAAUUAUGAUGGCUAAAGUGAUCCCACUUCUCACCUGACCAUUAUGUAACUUUUACUUUGUAGAUAAUAUAAAUAAUUUAAAACAUUUGGGGGGGGGAAAUAAAAAAAAGUUUUAAAAACCAGA